GUGAUCUUGCGGAGGGGAAGUGGUUUUGCUGAUGAGGAGAUGGUGUGAGGGGUUGUGACUGUGCCUCUCUCUCUGGGUGUGUGUUUCUAGAAGCACUUUCGUUCCUGUUCGCGAAGUUUUUGUCAAUGUGGCGGCUCCGGGGCUGAGGAGCGCUCACCGUGCGGCAGAAUUAGGCAGAGCAGCAAUGAUUCUACACAUGGCAAGCUCAGAGAACGGUCAGGACGGUUUGUAGGAGGGUCCAGCUCGGAACGCAGUGAGGCCAGGACACUGUACAGACAGUGCAGAGUCGCUGUGUGGGGCUGGUCCAGCGGUGAUCAAGGGCGAAGGUUGAGGAGAUGGCGAUGGAGGUGACCAGCCCCACGAUGGACCCAGCUCCCAAAGCCCUGCAGGGCGUCAAGCAGCGGAUCUCCACGGUGACGUCCCCGCUGAGAGCGGCCUACCGCAUCCGCCACAAAUACCUCGUCAUGAAAAGGCGGCGGGUGGGGGUGGCCGAGCGCGGUGAGGCCGCGGGGCUGGAGGGCCGACUGCUGCCCGCCAGGGGCCCGGAGCUGCUGGAGCGCGCCUUCAAGCACCGAGCCAGGCCGGCUGAAUACUUCACCUUCGAGAAGGUGCCCGUCAAAGCCGCCAAGAGGCGGCGCUCGGGCAAGAGGCGCAAAGUGCUGUACCCGAGUGAUACCAGGAGGUACCUGCCCGAGGAGAAGAAAAGCAAGGCCAAGAACUGCCUGUUCCUGCUGAGUCUGAUCGUCUUCUUUCAGAUUUACAACGCCAUCGAGAACCUGGACGAUAACGUGCUGAAGUAUGACCUGGCCGGGUUAGAGAAGACGCUGAAGAGGGAGGUGUUUGGGCAAAGCCUGGCCAUUGACUCCCUGCUGGGUCUGCUGGGGGACUACCUGACCACUCACAUUCACAACAGGCCCCUGGUGCUGUCCCUGAACGGGCCUAGUGGGGUUGGGAAGAGCCUGACCGGGAGGCUGCUGGCCAAGCACUUCCGCGCGGUGCUGGGCGACGAGCUGGUGUUGCAGUAUUUCGUCCUGCACCACUGCCCGGCCCAGGACAACGGCACCGCCUGCCUGCAGGAGUUGGCAGGCGGCAUCGCUGGCGUGGUGAAGCGGGCCGAGGAGGAGGAGAAGAUCCCGCUGCUCAUCUUCGACGAGGUGGAGUACAUGCAGCCGGCCUUGCUGGACUUCCUGGAGGGGCACCUGGACCCCGGGCAGCCCAACGAGUUCCUGAACGCCGUCUACGUCUUGAUCAGCAGCCACGGGCAGGGCGAGAUCACCAAGUUUGUCCUCCAGAACGCCUCCAGCGGCCUGGCCAGAGAGCCCACCAGGCCGGAAGAACUCCUCCUCACCGUUCAGUCGUCGCUGAGCCAGUUCCACCCGAUCUGGAACCAGGCCGAGAUCGUCCCGUUCACUCUCCUCGAGAGGAGUCACAUCGAGGGCUGCUUCCUGGAGGCGAUGAUGAGCGAGGGCCACUACCCAGAGCCCGCCCAGCUCCGUGACCUCUCCAGGGAGUUGAACUAUUACUCAGCAGGGGGUUACCAGUAUUCUGUGCACGGCUGCAAGUACGUGGGCCCCAGGGUGAGCUUGCUGCACUGAGCGCACAGGUUCCCGUGCUGGAUGCCAGGUCAAUGUCACCAGGGCUUGGCAUCUCCCAGGAUUGGCUGGCACCACUGGGCACCCACCCACCCCCACAGCCCUGACGGUGGGGGUGGUCACACACUAACAAUUUCAGGAGAGGCAGAGUGAGGGUCUGGGGGUAGGUGGGCUGUCAUCAGGACUGCCCCAGUGAGAGUGACCAGCCCCGGUCACUGGUCCCUCGAGGGUCACUGAUUAAUACUGACCGAGAGCAGCCGCUGUGAUAGUGAACACACAGAGAGAGAGACAGGGUCCAUCCUACACCCUGAGAGAGAUGGCAUUGCAAAAGGGGCACCCCCACACCGCGGUCACCCCCUCACCGCGGUCACCCCCUCACCGCGGUCACUCCCUCAGUACGGUCACGCCUCCCACUGGUCAGUCUAAUUUCCCAUGAUCCGUGUCGAGUUGGUCUUGGAGUGGCCAGUUGUGGUCACUCAGGGGUCAGGUUCCUCACAAUGAAGAGAGUUCGAUCAUCACUCACUGCCACAAUAUUAAACCUAACAGCAAACUGACCAGUCUCUCUCCCCCUCCCUCUCUCCCCCUCCCUCUCUCUCCCCCUCCCUCUCUCUCCCCCUCCCUCUCUCUCCCCCUCCCUCUCUCCCCCUCCCUCUCUCCCCUCCCUCUCUCUCCCCCCUCUCCCCUCUUCUCCCCCCCUCUUCUCCCCCCCUCUUCUCCCCCCCUCUU